AUGCUUGAUGACUUCGAAUUUGAGGGCCCGAACGGAACACAUCAAUGUCUUGUCUUUGAGCUCCUAGGGCCGAGUAUUCCUGAUACAAUUGACGAACUCUUUGUUGAUGCGAGGCUUCCUGGAAAGCAUACGAAGGCCAUUACGAAGCAGGCCCUUUUAGGACUUUACACCUUGCACCAGCACAGAAUUGGACACGGAGACCUCCACACGGGCAACCUCGCGUUUACCAUACCUUGUAUGGACAGCAUACCCGAGGGAGAAUUUAUUGAGAUGUUAGGAAAGCCAGAUAUCGGGCAGGUUCAAAGAAAAGAUGGGAAAACUUUACAUCCUGGCAUGCCGGAGUAUAUUGUCAGACCAGCCUCAUACACGGCACAUUCUCGACUGUUAUCAAAUCCGAUCAAGAUCGUUGACUUUGGCGAAUCAUUUUCUCACACAAAUGUCCCUCGGACUCUUCAUACACCUCUACUAGUUCGGGCACCUGAAGUUCUAUUCGGAGACCGUCUGAACUACCGUGUGGGUCUAUGGAGCAUGGGCUGUAUGGUGAGUCAAACUACGAUAAGUGAAGCGAUGGGCAGUAAAACAACCACAAAAAUUCCGAACCCCGCACUACAGGAAUGGCUAGAAGAAUUAUAUUUUGAGAGUAAGCGGCAUGCGGUUCUUACAAAAAAGGAUAUAGUAAAGCUAGGGAAGCUUGUUGGAAAGUUGCUGCAGUUUGAGCCGGGCAAUAUAGCGCCAGCGAGGGCAAUUUUAGAAGAUCCUUGAUUCAAAUGCGACUCAGGCCAUCGCGCGUUGUGUCUCAUGUGGAUAGAGUCAGAUCGAUCCGUUAGGAGUAUCUUCAUGCGUCUUCAUGAUGCCUGGGUAAGGCUUUUCAC